GUGACCUUAGUCCAUCCCAGCAAACACUGCGCCCCCUGUGCACACUGACCCCGCGCGGUCGGACAAGAGAGCUAUCAUUCGCACCAUGUCUCGUAAAGUGGCGGUGGUUACUGGGUCUAACAAGGGGAUCGGACUCGCCAUUGUCCGGGGGCUGUGUAAGCACCCUUAUCCUGGCGACGUACUGUUAACCGCCCGUAACGAACAGCUUGGUUUGGAAGCAGUAGCAGCACUUCGAAAGGAAGGAUUUAAUCCUUUAUUUCAUCAACUAGAUAUCUGCGAUCCUGUCAGCGUUCAGCGGUUGCACGACCACCUGCUGCAGAACUAUGGGGGCGUCAACGUGUUGGUGAACAACGCGGGGAUGGCUUUUAAAGUGAAUGCCACAGAACCAUUUGGUGAGCAAGCAGAGGUGACUAUGCAGACAAAUUUUUAUGGCACAAUGCAGGUCUUGCACUCCUUGUUGCCCUUGGUCAAGCCUCAAGGACGUGUUGUUAAUGUUUCUAGCAUUGCCAGUAAGAGGGCACUGUGCCAGUGCAGUCCUACUUUGCAGGCCAGGUUCCGAGAUAGCAGUAUCGGUGAAGAAGACCUUUGUCAACUCAUGCAGCAGUUUGUAAGUGAUGCAAAGGCUGGAGACCACCUUGAAAAAGGCUGGCCUUCCACAGCUUAUGGAACUACAAAGAUUGGGGUGACGGUACUCACCAGAAUCCAAGCGCACCAGAUUUCAGAGCAGCGCCCUAAUGAUGGAAUUCUUGUUAAUGCCUGUUGUCCUGGCUGGGUUAGAACUGACAUGGCUGGACCAAAGGCCCCAAAAAGUCCAGAGGAAGGUGCAGAGACCCCCCUUUAUCUAGCCUUAUUGCCACCAGGGCUCACUGAACCUCAUGGUCAGUUUGUAAGUGAGAAAAAGGUAGAGGAGUGGUAGUGUGUGAGGAAGGAGAAGGAGAAACGGUCAGACAUUUCGAGACAGUUGCUAGUACUAGGAACUUAAAGAAGGCACAUUUUGGGGGCUAAGCUGAUAUACUUAAUUUGUUCCAGCUGUAUGGAUACCUCAGUCAUGGUCUUGGGGACAAAUAAACAACACUUAAUUUAACACUUUUAACAAAAAAAGUUUCUUGUCUGAUUCUAUGGGUGUAAAUCUAAUAAAAUGUAAUGACUUUUACUUUAAUCAACCAAGAGCCAGAACUGGCAAACUAUAAAUAAUGUUAACCUGCAUCUUGCCUUCUUUGUUUUUUAAUUAAAAAAGAGUAAAAUAAACAGACAUAAAUAUGAA